UUCGUUCCCGACCAAUUCGCCUGGCUUGCCCUCGCCCGCCCACCGCUCGGAGCCGAUACAAGACGAGGGCAAUCGAUCUGUUCCGAAUCCGCAUGCGCCCGCGGCCGCCGCCGCCCGUCGCCACCUGAACUCGAACCCCUGGCCGGAGCGUGCGGCCCGCGCCCGCCUAUGGACGAGUACCAGACGCGCCGGUCGCCGGCGGGCGAGCGGUUCAUCGGCAUGUUCUCGUCGCCGUCUACGCCCUCGUCGUCCCCGACCGAGCCUUCGUUCGUCGCUGGGGACGAACUCCACGAGGACGACUUCCUCUUCUCGUCGCCGGACGCCGCGGCGCCGCAGCCCGACGGGCCUAGGAGCCCGGGCCGGGGAGCGCCGCAGGGGCAUCUCGGUCUUCUUGCCGCCCUGGCGCUACACGAGGGGGACAGGAGGCUCCUGGUUCGCGGUGGCCACGGCGGGGGAGUGGCGGCCGCGGCCAGCGCGGGGACGCUGCUCCGGCGCAAGGCGACCAUCGCGGCGGCCGCCGCAUCUGCCUCGGCCACGGUGGCGUCGGGGAACGGGGGCGCGUUGUCGCCCACCCAGUCCCCGACCUCCUCCGCGCGGGCCAUCCCGGCGACCGCGAAGCCCCAGAACGCCGGGCCCGCCCGGCCGUACCACCAGUCGGCGCCCGUGAAGGUGCCCGUGCGUCCACUCCGAAAGCCAGCUACGGGCCGGUGGGACGAAUUCGAUGACGACGCGGACUUCGGGCGCGGCGACGCCGCCAUGCUGCCCCCGCAUGAGAUGGUCGCCCGCGCAUCCGCUGGUGGGGCUGGGCCCGCCGCUCCGUUCUCGAUGCUCGAGGGCGCCGGGCGCACGCUCAAAGGCCGAGACCUGCGGCGUGUGCGCGACGCUGUGCUCAGGCAAACCGGAUUCCUCGAUUGAAUCCGGCAAGGUGACGUGGUUCUUGCCUUUUGUUCAGCAACCGUGUGCUCAGUCAGAGUCGAAGAUGCGUUACAUUAGGUAUGUGUAGUGGGUUCUACUGUGUGAGCACUGAGCAAAGCGGGAAGGUAAGAUAACAAGAUUGAAUUUCCCGGCUUGCAAUUUUGGUGUUCUUGGAUGUCUGCGUGUCAUAUUACCGCAAGCUUCAGCAGUAAUAAGAACUGGUGUCCUGUGUGGGUCUUUCUCUGCGAGCUCUCUGUAAUCCAGGAGGGAAGAGAUUUUUUUUGUUUCCGUCAAGGUUGUCUGUUAGGCGUAGUACAUAUGAAUUAUCGUUAUGUUAGUCGAGACUAAUGCUUUCAGCUCUUAGUGAAAGUUUUGUUAGUUUUGUUUCUUACUCUUUUGUUGAUGGUACUGAAUUACCUAUGGUGAUGAAAAUAUGCAUUGUUUC